AUGUUGUUGGGCCCAUCGUUUGUUGGUGGUAUCGUCCUAAAGUGGUUUAGUCGGAUACCGGACCAGAACUUCGUGCUAAUGGACACGGCGGCCAACUUUGCCCUCGCGUAUUAUAUGUUCAUGGUGGGCCUGCAGCUGGACGUGCGCGCCAUCCGGUCGCUGGGGAAGAGGGUGGUCAUCCUCGCGGUGGUCGGCAUGGUCGCUGCCUUCGUCGUCGGCUUCACCUCCGCCCACGCCCUCGGCCUCCGCCCCGACAUCGGGAUGAAAAUACCCGGUUACUCCGGUCUCCCGCCCAGACCCGGCAGCGAGAGGAAGGUGCUUCCUUUCCUCCUCCUCUUCAGCCUCGCCAUCUCCAUCACCGGCUUGCCGGUCGUCGCCCGUAUCAUCACCGAGCUCAAGCUCCUCAACUCGCCGCUCGGCCUCCUCUCCAUGGGCCCCGCCGUCGUCAACGACAUUGCCGCCUGGAUCCUGCUCGCCCUCACGUUGGCCGCCACCGACGGCAACAACGGCAAGACGGUCUCGCUGCUGGUGCCGCUAUGGGUCUCCCUGGCGGGUGGCGCAUUCGUGUUCCUUUGCUUCCGCGUGGUUCGGCCGGCCAUCGCGAGGAUGACGAGGCGGACGCUGGAUGACGAGCGGAUGAGCGACCAACAGCUGGGGAUCAUCCUGGCCGGGGUGCCGGUGGCGGGGUUCCUGUCCGACCUCAUCGGGAUCCACAUCAUCUUCGGCUGCUUCAUCUACGGGCUGGCGGUGCCCAAUGGGCGGGCCACCGAGUAUUUGGUCGAGCGGAUGGAGCCGUUCUUGGUGAACAUACUGCUGCCGCUCUUCUUCGCCAACAGCGGGUUCAGGACCAGCCUCUACACCAUCCUGCCGUUGGGGGCCAUCAUCAGCUUCGCCGUGGUUGUCGUCUCCGCCACCUUGGCCAAGGUGGCGGGCACCAUGGUCGUCGCCAUGGCCUAUUCCAUGUCCUUCCGCGACAGCUUAGUGCUCGGCUUCCUCAUGAGCGUCAAGGGCCCCGUCGAGAUGAUCAUCCUCAACAUUGCCAUCGAUAAAAAAGUCCUUAGGGGAGAUAUAUUCGCAGUGAUACUCACAACUUCAAUGAUAACGAUGGUGCUGGUGACGCCGGUGGUGGUGCUAGCGUACGUCCAAAAAUCGAAGCCGCUCGCGGUGUACCGGCGCCGGAACAUCCAGGGGGGGAGGUCGGACAUGGAGCUCCGGAUGCUGGCCUGCGUCCACAACGUCCGCCACGUCCGCUCCCUCACGCGCCUCCUCGACGUCUCCAACCCUACCAAGCGCUCCCCCAUCUUCGUCUGCGCCCUCCACCUCGCCGAACUCGCUGCCGGCCGUGUCUCCUCCAUGCUUAUCAUGCACCCAUCCGAUGGCAGCGCCCACUACGGCUGCCACCGCCGCACCUCCCUCGCCUCCAACCAGCCCCAGUCCGAGGGCAUCCUCGUCGCCCUCGGUGGCUACGAGCAGCAAUCCCCCGGCGUUUCCUUCCAGCCCCUCACCGCCUUCUCCCCGCCCGCCACCAUGCAUGAGGAUGUCCGCAGCGUCGCCGAGGAGCGCCACGCCUGCAUCAUCGUCCUCCCCUUCCACAAGCUCAUGACCGUCGACGGCAACAUGGAUGAGGCCGGCAGCUCCGCCGUCCGCCCCGUCAACCUCAACGUCCUCGCCAUCCCUCCCUGCUCCAUCGCCAUCCUCGUCGACCAUGGCCUCGGCGCCCGCCCUGCCACGCUCUUCCCCGGUGCCCACGGCCCCUCCCACCACGUCGCCGCCGUCUUCAUCGGCGGGUGCGACGACCGCGAGGUGCUCGCAUAUGUGUGGUGCAUGGCGGAGCACCCGACCAUCGUCGUCACGGUCAUCCGCUUCAUCGAGGCAGCCCCGCCGUCACGGUUGCAGUCGGUGACAUCGGUGACCGAGGAGGACAGCACCUCAGUGCUCUUGGCCGACGCCGAGCUGGAUAAGGAGCAGGACGAGGAGGCAUUGUACCAGUUUCGUCUUUGGUUCGUCAGCGACGAAUCGGUGGUGUUCACGGAGAAGGUUGCGAGCAACAGCGAGGAGACGGUGACGGCGCUGCGGGCGAUGGAGCACAGCUACGACCUCUACGUGGUGGGGAGGAGCCAUCGGAGGAAGUCGAAGCUGACCGUCGAGCUGGAGGAGUGGAGUGACUUCCUGGAGCUGGGGCCGAUCGGGGACCUGCUGGUCUCGUCGGACUUCGAGGCCAAGGUAUCGGUCCUGGUGGUGCAGCAAUACGUGAAGAAAGGGCUGGCGGAGGCCGAAUGGGAGGCACUGGGGAACACCAGUCCUCUAUCGUAA